CUAUGGCUGGCUUACAAAUUAUCUAUUUCAUCAGCUAUAUAAAUAUCCCUACAACUUCGUCAUUUGUUUCAACUGGACUUACAACUUCAGUAAAGUUCUGUAAAUAUAAUUAGUACUACUUUACUACUUUAUCCAUAUCCAUAUUUUUUUUAACUAUGUCACACCAAUAUCAUUUUGACGUUACUAUGUCAUGUUCAGGCUGCUCGGGAGCUGUAAAUAGGGUAUUAAGUAAAUUAGAUGGAGUAUCUAAAUUAGACAUCUCAUUAGAAAAGCAAUCGGUUGAUGUGGUAACUAAUUUGGACUAUGACACUAUCUACAAUACAAUUGCCAAGACUGGUAAAAAGAUCAAUGACGGUAAAAUUGUUGCCUAAGGGUGACAAUUGAAUUUAUGGCUAUAUAUAUAUAUAUAUACAUUAUAUAUGUUAGAUGGGAUUAGAUUAGGUAAGGUUUCUAAUUUCGAUGAUUUCUUCAAUGUAAUCAUCCCUUAGUGUGCUUUGAAUAAAUAAUUUUUUAAUCAUGGUA